CUUUCUUCGUUACAGGUUUGUCUGGUUCAGAGGUAUUUGCCUAGAGGGAAGGAACACUCCCCUGGACCCCCCUGCCUGACCCUCCUUCGUGAAGUUAAAAGGACUGGCUUUCUACACUCUCAACUCAUUCCUUCUCCAGCCUGAGCAGCAAAGCACUACACCGAAGCACCAUGAGUUAUGCCAGCAUGUCAGGGGGCUCCAUGAGAAUCAGCUCUGUCCACGGUAUGUCCAGCGGUGGAGGUCGUAUCAGCAGUGGGAGAGCCAUGAGUGUCUACGGUGGAGCAGGAGAUGUUCGCAUCUCAAGUGGCUACUCUGGCAGCUCCAGUAACUUCGGCAGUGGCUUCGGCGGUGGCUUCGGCGGUGGCUUCGGCGGUGGCUUCGGCGGUGGUUUUGGCGGUGGUGCGUCUUCUGGAGGUGGCUUUGACCUGUCUGAUGCCAUGGAUCUGUCUACAAAUGAGAAGGCCACCAUGCAGAACCUCAACGAUCGUCUGGCUGCCUACCUGGAGAAGGUGCGCUCCCUGGAGAAGGCCAACGCUGAGCUGGAGCUGAAGAUCCGCCAGUUCCUCGACGGCAAGACCUCCCCUAAGUCUCGGGACUACUCUGCUUACUACACCACCAUCAGUGACCUUCAGGGCAAGAUUCAGGAGGCUAUGACAAUAAAUGGUGCCAUCUAUCUCCGCAUUGACAAUGCCAAACUAGCAGCUGAUGACUUCAAACUCAAGUAUGAGAAUGAGCUGGCUUUGAGACAGUCUGUGGAGGCAGACAUCAGUAGACUAAGGAGAGUUCUGGAUGAGAUGACCUUGAGCAGGGCAGACCUCGAGACACAGAUUGAGGGGCUUAAGGAUGAACUUAUCUACUUAAAGAAGAACCAUGAAGAGGAACUCCUAGCAGCACGCACUCAGAUGGGUGGUCAGGUCAACGUGUCAGUGGACGCUCCUCCACAGCAAGACCUGGCUGCCGUCAUGGAGGGAAUCCGAGAACACUAUGAGUCUGUGGCUGCAAAGAAUCUCAAAGAGGUUGAGAACUGGUUCCAGGGCAAGUGUGACACACUAGGCAAAGAAGUUGCUGCCAGCACAGAAACAGUCCAGACAUCCAAAACUGAAAUUACAGAACUCAAGCGAACACUCCAGAGUCUUGAAAUCGAGUUGCAAUCUCAACUUAGCAUGAAAGCAUCUCUUGAGGCAACCUUGGCUGAAACACAGAACCGCUACGGCAAUAUGCUAGUCAGCAUCCAGUUACAGGCCACCAGUCUGGAGGAACAUCUGGCACAGCUGAGGGCAGACAUGGAGCACAAGAAACAAGAAUACAAUAUGCUCCUGGACAUCAAGACCAGACUGGAGAUGGAGAUUGCAGAAUACAGGAGACUGCUGGAUGGAGAGGGUGGUGGCAGUUCAUCAUCAGCCACAUCAUCAUCAUCAUCAUCAACAACUCGUAAGGUGGUGAUUGUUACAGAGGAAGUGGUGGAUGGUAAAGUAGUCAGCUCAACCUCUACCUCCUCCACUUCUGCAGUCAAAUCAAAAUAAGGAAGACCCUACACAUUCUGAAGCCUCACUUGGUGACACAAAAAUAUCAAGCCCUGUGAAGCCCUUCCUCAGUGCUCAUAGAGAACAAUAAAAUCAAAAGAGCAAGCAAUAA